AUGCUCCGUAUCGUCCCGAGAACCAGGCCCUUGAGGCACACCUCUUUCACCUCCUCUCCAAACCCCGGUCCGUCAAGGGUCCUGCUACAGAACCGCCGCUGGUUAAGUUCUAGCUCGGAGUACGACUUAACCCUCAAGAACCUCAAAAUAGGUAGUCAUACGAGGGUUAUAUUUCAGGGGUUCACAGGGAAACAAGCCACAGCCAACGCUCGUGAAUCUUUAGCAUGGGGUACCAAUAUCCUAGGAGGCGUGACCCCCGGCCGGGAGGGCGAGCACUUAGGUCUGCCCGUAUUUCCUACGGUUCACAAGGCUGUGCAAGUCCUCAAGCCGGAUGCGACGGGUAUCUACGUAGCUGCACACCAAGCUGCCGGCGCCAUCGAGGAGGCCGUCACAGCCGAGGUGCCGCUUAUUGUCGCCGUGGCGGAGCACAUUCCGCUUCACGACAUCCUUCGAAUUCAUUCUAUAUUAAAAACGCAGUCCAAGUGUAGGCUAGUCGGCGCAAACUCGCCCGGUAUCAUAUCGGCGGUAGGGAAAUGUAGAAUCGGUUUUCAACCGCUCCCCUGCUUUGAACCUGGCCGGAUAGGGAUUGUGGCAAGAUCAGGGACAUUAAGCUACGAAACCGCUGCUUCUACGCUCAGAUCCGGCCUAGGCCAAAGUAUGUGCAUAGGCGUCGGCGGAGAUAUUCUCCCAGGUACGAGUCUAAAAGAAGGUCUCCAGAUCCUCGUCGAAGAUGAGGACACGGAAGGCAUUGCAUUAGUAGGGGAGAUUGGAGGAGAGGCCGAGAUUGAGGCUGCGGAUUGGAUUAGAGAGUAUCGAGCUACGACUAAAAACGCAAAGCCGAUCGCCGCUCUUGUUGCCGGCGUGAACGCAGUUCCGGGUCGGAUCAUGGGCCACGCCGGAGCGUUCGCUUUACCUGGCGAGCCGUCCGCACUAGACAAGAUCGAGGCCUUGAAAGCAGCUGGAACAGCCAUCGUCAACCAUCCUUCUAGAUUUGGGCCGGUGCUAAAAGCCAUGUUGGACGGUGUGACGCCUACAGGUUCGGGUAUCGCCUCCCCAACCAAUGCCUCACAACGAAGAGGAAUACACACUAUAGCUCGCCGUCCUGUUACCCCCCCGCAAGCCGCGCAUCACUCACCUAGAGGCCAAACACGCAGCAUCUACCUCCCCCCAAACACCGCCCUCGAUCUCCUCCACCACUGCGGCAUCCCCAUCGCCAAGGACCCGUCAGCCGGCCCUCACAAGCUUCUCGCAGUAACUAUCGACCGGUCUACCAAAACCCCUUGCAUCAUCGCCUCCCCAACCAGCGAAGCCUCCCAAGCAGCCAAAUUCGACUUCACAUGCAUCUCCGCGCCCGCCAUAUCACAACACCUCGACCUCGACCCCAAAUAUACCACCCCCCUACAAGCCCUCCUCACCGCGCUAACCGCACUCUUCACCUCCAAAGAAGCCUUCCUCCUCGAGACCCAUAUCACCACGGCGCCCAACGGCACCAUCUACGUAUCCUCCGCGCAUCUCGGCUUCGACGACGCCGCCUUCCGCAGCUGCGGCCGACAGGCCGAUAUCCACGCGUUGCCGCGCGACGAGGAUCCGGCGGAGGUCGAAGCUGCGAGGCACGGGAUCGUGUAUAUCAAGAUAUGUGGGCCAGGCAACAUCGGCACGCUGGUCAAUGGCGCCGGGCUGGCGAUGAAUACGGUGGAUGCGCUGGCGGAUGCGGGGGGCAGCGCUGCGAAUUUUCUAGAUACGGGGGGCAAGGCGACUAGUGAGACGGUGAAGAGGAGUUUCGAGGUGAUUUUGACGGAUCCAAGGGUUAAGUGUAUAUUCGUAAAUAUAUUCGGCGGUCUGACCCGCGGUGAUAUGAUCGCUGAGGGCGUGAUUCUGGCCUUCCGCGAUCUGCAGAUGGCGGUGCCCGUGGUAGUGCGCAUCCGCGGGACGAACGAGAAAGAGGGUCAAAGGAUUAUUGCUGAGAGCGGAUUGCCGCUGUUUGCUUUUGACGACUUUGACGAGGCGGCUGCGAAGGCUAUUGAGUUGGCAAAUAAGGGGCUUUAG